UAUACACGCUUGUGAUCAACCUAAACUGAAGCCCUGCUCCGGCAGCUACCGGCUCUUUUUAACGUGGUUUUCUCUUCAUCAUCCCCGGGAUCUUAAACGACUCGGUUCCCGUAUCCUGUGCGGUUCUUCAGUCCUAAAAGGAAUGCCCAGAGAACUGACCCAGAACAGGAUCCAAAAGAUCUGGGUUCCCACCAAGGAUGACAAGCCGGCACCCCGUAGAGCGACCGGUGCCCCGCACUUCGCCAACGCCCCCACCGUCAUCGUGAUGGUUGGCCUUCCGGCUCGGGGGAAGACGUACAUGUCCAAGAAACUCACCCGCUACCUCAACUGGAUCGGGAUGCCCACCAAAGUCUUCAACGUGGGAGAGUACCGCAGGGAAGCAGUCAAAAACUACAGCUCCUUUGACUUCUUCAAGCCUGAUAAUGAAUGUGCUGUAAAAAUCAGGCAGCAAUGUGCCUUAGCAGCCUUGAGGGAUGUCAAGUCCUAUUUGAAGGAUGAGGGAGGCCAAGUAGCGGUCUUUGAUGCCACAAACACGACCAGAGAAAGACGAGAGAUGAUCCUCAAGUUUGGCAGCGAGAAUGCCUUCAAGGUCUUCUUUAUUGAGUCAGUCUGUGACGAUCCCAGCGUCAUUGCAUCGAACAUCAUGGAAGUGAAGGUGUCCUGUCCAGACUACCGGGACUGCAACAAGACUGAUGCUAUGUUGGAUUUCCAGAGGAGAAUUGAAUGUUACAAAGCCAGCUACCAACCUCUGGACCCUGAUCAGCAUGACAGGGAACUGUCCUUUAUUAAGGUGAUAGACGUUGGUCGCCGCUACCUCGUCAACCGCAUUCAAGACCACAUCCAGAGUAAGAUCGUCUACUACCUGAUGAACAUCCACGUCCAGCCCCGAACCAUCUACCUGUGUCGGCACGGAGAGAGCACGGACAACUUGGAGGGUCGGCUGGGCGGUGACGCCGGUCUCUCGCCGCAUGGCAAACAGUUUUCAGCUGCCUUGGCUCGGUUUGUGGAGGAGCAGCAGAUGAAUGACCUAAAGGUUUGGACCAGCCAGCUGUGUCGCAGCAUCCAGACCGUCGAGCAUCUGGGGGUCCCUUACGAACAGUGGAAGGCUCUCAACGAGAUAGACGCAGGAGUGUGCGAGGAAAUGACGUAUGACGAGGUGAAGGAGAAAUUCCCGGAGGAGUUUUUACUGAGAGAUGAAGAUAAAUACUACUACCGCUACCCCGCUGGAGAGUCCUACCAGGACCUGGUCCAGCGAUUGGAGUCGGUCAUCAUGGAGUUGGAGAGGCAGGAGAACGUCCUGGUUAUCUGCCACCAAGCCGUAAUGCGCUGCCUGCUGGCCUACUUUCUGGAUAAAAGCGCAGAUGAAAUGCCGUAUCUGAAGUGUCCGCUCCAUACGGUGUUGAAGCUCACCCCUGUGGCCUAUGGAUGCAAAGUGGAGUCCAUCUCUCUGAAUGUGGAGGCUGUUAAUACCCACAGAGACAGACCGGAGGAAGUGAAGAGGGGUCCUGGCACCUUGAUCAGGAGGAACAGCGUGACUCCUCUGACCAGCCCCGAGUCAAACAUCAAGAAACCUCGCAUUGAUGACCUGGAUGAGCCUCCGAUUCAAGAGCUGCCCCCCUCCGUUGCUUCCCUGGCCCUCUGUAGCCCCUCACACCUCCCUCUCACCCUGGCAGGACAGAACCUGAGGAGAAACUCAUCUGCCCGUCAUCUGGCCGACGUUUUGCAGUCCUGCCAAUGAAAUUGCACGUGACACAAGAAGGCGCGUCGACAGGAAGUGCAUCAUUAACAAAGACUCACUGAAAAAAUAACUUCAAACAAGGACACAGAAAAUUGAGAAUUUUCUUAAACAAUAUUUCUCAGCCUGUAAAAUCUGAAGGAUCGAAUCUUGUAUUUUUUUUGUCUUCUAUGGACACAAGCUACUGUACCUUUUAAUCCUUGAAAACAGGCCGUGGUUUUGUAAUACUGUCCUUUUGUGAGAUAUUUAUGUUCAAGGUUGAUAUCAUUUCAAAGCCAAACUCCUAUUUUCCCUCUGAGACUGAUUAAUCUGUUUUCUUGGAAACUUUAGACAACCUUUUGCGUAUAAUUGGUCCCUAUAUUUGGACUCAAAGCGGAAAACUGUGACUCAUUCAAAUCUAAAGUCAUUUCUGUUAUGUUUCUCAGCUCAGAGACGGCUCUCCAGGAUAUCAGUUUCUUCUUGUGAAGCUUUUAUUUUGGAGAGACCACACCCAAAAUAAAACAUUUCGCUCUUCCUUUUUCAACCAUAUACUUAUGGUUGCUUUAAUAAGAUGAUGAUAUGGUAUUUAGUUUACAUUGUAAACUCUUUGGCACUUCUUUGGAAGCACUGGUGUUUUUCACGUUUUUCUAAAAUGUGUGUAAAGGAAGAGCGUUGUAAUUUAAUUGACUCUUUUGUAUGCGGACACGCUACAAAGUAAGAGAUUAUUUUGCACAGUGGGGAUAUAUUUUUACUUUUUUUUGGUUAUGUGUCACUUUAACUUUUUCAUUUUCACGACUUCAGCGUAACCGAGGUAAUUUUUGCCGUAGAGUGCCUGUAGUGCUUGUUUCGCAAGCCAGACGCCGCUUCUCUUGCUAUUUCUUUGGACUUAAUUGCUCGAGGAGAGGCACCACAUUUCACCUAAUAAUGUCACAUAUCAUUUUAAUAUUUUAUUUUUCAUGUAAUAUUUAUUUUUCAUCUCUUAGUUUCAGUGCUACAGAACAUGCAGAUCAUUUAAACAGAGUUCUCAUCGCUGAUGGGGAAGUUUAUUUUCGUUCUACUUCCUUUUGCUGUCACUGUCUGCUGCGCACAAAUGUAAGCACCUAUAUUUUUCUUACAACAGAGCGUGCUGUUAAUAAUAUCUUUGUGAAUGUUAGUGUACAUACUGUAUGACUGGAGAUGGAUGGGAGAUGACCUGGAACUCUCUCGGGAGUCUUUUAAUGAACAUGUGCGUGUUAAUGAGUGUUUUUGUACUAAUGUGUCGGGACUGAAUGGAAAGCAUGACCUGUUGGGAAAGAAGUUGCUGCUCCCAUCUCUCGGUAAAUCUUUUAACAUGUUUGCUUGAGAUACUUGAAAUUUGUUUUUUGUAAAAACUGUUUUAUUAUAUUCUUUAUUUAUUUUUAUGUAGUUUUUUUUUUUUUUUUGAAUGACUGCUUGGAGCAAGAGGCACCUUCUUUAAACCUGAGGACUAUGCAUGAGAGGACAGUAUGUUGUAUAGUUGAUUUUGCAUCUGCUGGACCAAUAAAUUCACUACAAAU